CGGCCGCUGCGGCGCCAGUGCCAUACUCGCCACCGCAGCAGCAGUACCAAGACCUCGUGUGUCGUGUCGUCGUUGUCGCAUAAAACAACAACACCAGUCUAGGCGUAUAAACAUCGAAUGGCUUUCAAGCGCAGGAAGAAAAGGCAUCAUCGAGCGUCGUCGUAGCAGCAAUGGCCGAUCGAUCAUCCUCGUCCAGCAGCUAUUUUUUUGCGAUCCCAUUCGAGUCGUAAUAAAAUAUACUCAUCCGCCCGCCCUUAUCGUGCACAGCUCAUUGUGCCCGUGCUGAAUCGAUCUUCCAGAGUGUGCAAAGUAGGGACGAUGAACCAGCCCUCGAGGAACGACAAUUACUCGUCAUCGUCGCGCACAUCAAGGACUAGAAAGUCAAAACGUCGUCGACGUGGUUCUGGUAGUAGUAGUGUUGGUAGUCGUUGUUGUUGUUGUUAUUGUUGCUGUUACUUUUCGUCGGUGGUGCAACGAUUAUCCCAGUGCAACAACGAGUACUUGGCGCUUUCCUCUCGUUCGUCGUUCUUCGAUACGAUAAAAUAAUGAACUAGCCUUGCGCCAAAAUCUAGCUGCUGUACAAGUACGUCGUGUGCACGACGACGACAUCGGCGACGGCAAUAAUUCAGUUUUUCGUCGAGUGCGUGGGUGCGUGUGUGUAUGUGCGUGUGCGCGCGAUCAAAAACUAUUUACAGCGCACGAGUGCAAAAGUUAUUGCGUUGUGUGCCGAAAAUUGCCGGGCCUUGGCUCGAGGAGAAGAAGAAAAAUAAGAAAUCCCUCGCGUACGUCUAAAUAUUUAUGGAUGAGACUCGUCGUCGACUGCACUCCGUCUACGACUAAAAGCUCCGAAGACGACGACGACGACGAGACUACUCUGGGUAGUCUCGCGCCGCAUCCGCAGCGAUAUUGCGACACACAACUUGAGUUUCGGCGACAAGUAGCGAGUGCGCCGCCCUCCCGAAGGCGAUGAUCGGUUACAAUCAACAGAAUUCCGGCUACAACAAGCUAUUCACUCAGGGCUCGGCAGACUCGAACUACUCGCAGCCCAGCUCGGAUCUCUCGCUGGACGAGGAGAAGGAGGGCUUGCGACGCGAGAAGGAAAAACAAGCCCUCGCCCAGCUGCAAAAAGCUCGGAACAAGCCGGUGGCCUUUUCCGUUCGAACCAACGUCAGCUACGAUGGCUCGAUCGACGACGACUCACCGGUCCACGGCUCGGCCAUCAGUUUCGACGUUCGCGACUUCCUUCACAUCAAAGAAAAGUACGACAAUAACUGGUGGAUCGGCAGGCUCGUCAAGGAGGAAGCCGACGUCGGGUUCAUACCGUCGCCGGCCAAGCUGGAAUCACUGCGGGCUCAGGCCAGCUCAGCAAGGGGUACCAAGGGUCUAUAUUCGAGUGCACGUGGAGGGUCUUCGGGGAACCUUGGUGAGAGCGGUAUGCCCUCACGAGGUUCCACACCGCCCACACCAGGCGACGACAGCGAUAGCAUGGGCAACAUCCGUCCCGGCCGAACGAACAUGACGAAUCCACCGGCCAAGGAGAAGAGAAAAAACUUCUUCAAAAAACCGGAAACGGCGUCGCCCUACGACGUGGUGCCCAGCAUGAGACCCGUCGUUCUGGUGGGACCAUCCCUCAAGGGUUACGAGGUGACCGACAUGAUGCAGAAGGCGCUCUUCGACUAUCUCAAGCACAAGUUCGAGGGCCGAAUCAUCAUCACGAGGGUAAUGGCGGACAUCUCUCUGGCCAAGAAGUCGCUGCUGAACAACCCGAAGCGGGCCGUGAUGGAGCGCUCGACGAGUCGCAGCAGCUGCCUGCAGGAGGUCCAGGCCGAGAUCGAGAGGAUAUUCGAGCUGGCGCGCACGCUGCAGCUCGUCGUGCUCGACUGCGACACCAUCAAUCAUCCGUCGCAGCUGGCCAAGACGAGCCUGGCACCGAUCAUCGUCUACCUCAAGAUAUCCUCGCAGAAGGUGCUGCAGCGGCUGAUCAAGUCGCGCGGCAAGUCGCAGGCGCGACACCUCAACGUGCAGAUGGUCGCCGCCGAGAAGCUGUCCCAGUGCCCCGGCGAGAUGUUCGACGUGAUCCUGGACGAGAACCAGCUGGAGGACGCCUGCGACCACGUGCACGAGUACCUCGAGCACUACUGGAACGCGACGCAUCCGUCGCUGCUCAUGAACAUGUCCAAGUCGAUUCCCGACGCGACCGACGACGGCUCGGUGCCCCGAGCUGGCUCAGGUGGUGGCAGCGUGUACCGUCGCUCGCGACUCGAACGCUCGGACCGCAGCGACAUGUACGGCGCCGGCGACGAGGAGGACUCCUUCCACACGGACGUGACGGGCCCAACGGGCAUCGACUUGAGCGCUCGAGGAGGAGAUGCUCGGCUGCCUCGAGUCCAACGACCUCAACCGCUGCAACAGCAGCAGCAGCAACAACCACCGAAGCAACAACAGCAGCAACAACAACAACAACAACAGGAUCCGCGCAACAUGAACGUCAUUUAGGAGAUGGGGCCCCGGGGCCUGUCGCUUCUGCGUUGCCCCCAUCUGCGCACCACGGCACUCUGAUAAUAACAAAAAAGGAUAGAAAACCAGCUAAUUAUUCCAGAGGCUGCUGUUCGAAUAAUGAAACAUUUCAAUUCACCUGCGAAUAUCAUCUCACAUCGAUGCAUCGUUCACCAGAGUCACAUAAUAUGCAAUAUUAUAAAUAUGAAAUUUAUAUAAAAGAAUAUAUCUUUCUAUCGCGAUCUCUCUUUCUCUCUCUCUCUCUCUCUCUUUCCUUUUUUCGAAAUAAAUCUGAUGUAUCGAUCUACGUUUUUUCGCAAAGAAUGAGUAAUAAUUAUUAUCACCGAAUAAUUUUUUAACUACGUGCGAAACGUCGUAAUCCGCAAGUACACAAAAUAAUUCUCGCUCACUGAGUAAAGUCUUAAAGAACUUAAGAGUGGUCCGAGUACCACAUGAGUGCCAAUAAGUUUUACAAAAACGUCAAACACACACUUAUACACACAUACACACAGAGAAUCCAUAAGCACUUGAUAACGAACGAACAAUACAAAAUGUAACGAGCACCACGUGUGAAUUUAUAUUUCUAUAUACGCGACUGCAAUGGUAAUAUAAUGCGUAUGCGUUGUAACCAAACGUUGAUUUUUCAUUCGUCGAGAUAAUGCCAAAAAUGUAACAAAAGAGAGAUUUUUUAUGAAUAAAACUUACAAUCAACCAACUCAUUUGUACGAUCGUUCAACACUUUGCACAAGAAUAAUUAUGCUCCGUUGUUUUGUACACAAUUAUUAUAAAUAAUGUAUAACCAAUGUAUAAAAGUCAUUUAGUCAGUUAUUAAUUGUGCACGCGCAACAAGAGUGAAAAAAAAAUUCGACGACUCCAUCUUUCAUUGUAUCAAAUAUAAAAUGCCAUGCGUACAAACGAGUGCGAUAUUCAUUGAUUAAUCGAACGUUGAAACGUGCCCUGGGGCCUUUAUUUUUAAACCGUGUCCUAAAAUGUACGUGAAAUGAGCUGAAAAUAAUUACCAAGCCCCACGAUUUGAACAAAUAUACAUAAAAAAAUUGUGAAUGUAUAUACGAAGCGCGAAACAAAAAAUCAAGUCCACCUAAAAUGUAGACCAAUUGUGUGUUAUUGGAAAUUGCUAUCGACUCGCGUGCGAAACAGCAAUCGAGUGUGGCGUGCAAAAGUGUAACACAAAAAAUUAUAAUGAUCUGCUGGCGUGCUAGCGAAAUUUCCUCUCUGUUUUGAACAGUGAAAUCGUAACUAUAAUAUACAUGCUUGAAUAAAUGAUCUUGUGCAUACUUCGAGUGUUGAUAUACAAUAUGUAUCAAUGCCUUUUGUGAGUGUCUAAAUAAAAGGGGUUGACAAAAACUCAAAGUCUCGACUAACUAAAAUGCUGUGCGGAAGCAAUGAAAAACCAAAAAAACGUAAUCCUUACUACGAACGACGUAAGUAUAUACAUAAUAUAAAUAUAUAGUUGCACUCGUUUCUCGAAUUUUUUUUAUACGUGCGCCAAAGUGCGGAUUAAGUCUCGAUGAAUUUGUAAUAAGAAAAACAAAAAUCGUAUAAAUUAAUUAUUAUAACAAGACGUAGUGAUAUAAUUCUAAUACUUAUAAAUAGUCUACCGAAUAGAUAGUGAUAAAUAAAAAACAAAACAACCAAAAUACAAUCUGAUAUCGCGUGGUAGUCUCUGUGGCCCGUAUAGACCAAAGAAGCUACAGCGGAAAAUCAACUAUUCAUCUGAUAUACAAUAUUAUGAGCUGUCCAAAACCACAAUACAUAGCCGCGCAGGACAUUCGAUAUUAUUCAUUAGAUUAAUUUUUUGGGGUUCUCCUUUUUUUCUAUACGUGCUGAAUGGCAACAAUUCAUCACUUAAAAACAUUAUACGAUAAUAUUAUAAAUAUACAUUAUAACGAGCCAAAACACUACAAUGUACGAGUCUGCUGUAUUUAUAAAAAUUUUGAAUAUAAAUAAAAAUACGAUAUAAAUGUGUGUAAAAGAAGGCAAAAUGCAUGUCUCACUUCCACUUUCGUGUAUAUAGUAAAACAACGUAAAUGAUUCAAUAAGAAAAUACAACAUUAAUAAAUAAUAAUUAAUUAUAAUAAUAAAAUUAAUAAUGCUAAUAUACGUGCAUGAGCGAAUAAUUCCGAGGUAAAAAUUAACUAAAAAGCAGAAAGAGAGGGAUUCGGUUAUGAAUAAUUAAAUAUACCAUAUACAUAGCAAUGAAGAAAGAUAGGUAAUGCAAUUAAACUGUGAAUGUGUGAGCGAAAGAGAACGAAAAGUUAGCAACAAAAGAUUGAAAUGUUGGCUGUUCUUUUUUUAACGAUAAUUACACAAUUAUUGUUAUAAUAUCGAUUCGUCACUGAUUUAUUGUAAUUUUCAUCAUGGGUAACAAUAAUUAUAAAGUUUGUAAAUACUGUAAGAAUAUCUCGAGAGUAUAUAAUCGGAGAAACAUAAAACUUCUUCGGUUUGCUGCGUGCGAAUAUAACAUUAUUAUUAUUCUUAUUAUUAUUAUCAUUAUUACUACAACUACUUUAAUUAUUAUUAUACUGAAAAAAU